AUGUAUCACAACUACUCCAAAAGCAUGAUGGUCUCCCUGGCAGUAGCUUUCAUGGUACUGCCAUUCGUUUUCGUUUGUUUGCGUUUAUGGGCCAAACGGAUCGCCAAGCGGGUGGGUUGGGACGAUUUUCUUACGGUUGCUGCUUUGGCUGUGUCUAUAGCUUGUUGUUCCUUACAGUUAGCUACCGCAAUACAUGGCUACUUGGGGUCUCAUCAACCACUGGACGAGAAAGGCCAGCCCAUUAUGGAUGAUCCCGGAUUAAUAUUUUUUGAACAAACGAAGUUUGCUCUGAACAUGAUCUCCAUUAUUGGACUAGGUCUCGUCAAAUCGUCGAUUUUGGUAUUAUACAAGAACAUCUUUGACGUACGAAAGUUUCGCAUCGUGGUAUACUGCGUGCUUGCAUACGUCAUAGGUUGGACCGUCAGCUUUACGUUCUCGCAUCUGUUCACCUGUUACCCCAUAACGGUAUUCAUUGAACCGUACUAUGGAAAUAGUUGUGUUGAAACCGUGCCAAUGUUCUUGGCCCUACUUUACACGGGUGUCUUUGCAGACAUUGUCAUCCUUAUUCUUCCUAUCCCGAUGGUUUUGAGCGUCAGAAUGGAGGCCAAGAAGAAGCUAGCUGUAAUCGUAAUGCUUUCACUUGGAGCUGCAGUAUGUGCUGUCAGCAUUACACGGGUUGUGGCGACUUACUCGAUCGCCGGCGAAUAUCUGAAGCAUCCCGACGACGUCAUUUAUUACACAGCACCGGUGUUCUUUUGGACCAACAUUGAACUAUCUUUGGGCGUUGUUUGCGCCUGUUUGCCCACGCUCCGGCCCAUUUGGUUUUACUUCUAUCCUCGGGAAGCAACACAAACUGGCUCGAGCUACGGAUACGGAUCAUCAGGUCACGGUUUUGGCUCAUCCGCGCUGAACGGUACCGGGAGAAGCACUACGUUUAGCGGCAAGUUAGUACGCAACCCAUACCAGGAGAUUGACGAGAUCGAGCUGACGGCACGGUCUGAAGCUCCUUCUACGCCUCCCGAAGACGCCUCAACGCUAGGCAAGCGCGGUAUCACGAAGGAAAUCACGAUUCAUCAGACGUUGGGAUAA